AUGUCGUUGUCGAACACUUCAAUAGCGGUGUUGAGGCAGCAAAUGGAUUAUAGUAAUCAUCAGUUGGUUAAUAUGUUAACUAAUCAAAUGGGUACAGUUUUUAAUCCUGUGAUACAUGAAUCCGCUAAAACAAAUAGGCAGGUGGCUAAUCAAUUGACACGCUUAUGUAACUUCCUGGGGGCACCGACUCGACAGAUGGCAAAAGUGGUCAGGAAGACCGUUCCUAUUCAAAUGGAGAUAGGGGCAGCAGAAGAUGAGACAGUCCAUGAGGGACAAAUCCUUAGACCCCAACAAAAUCAAGGUGUUGAAUCAGGAGUAGAAGGACGUAACCAGAUGGUGUUGGUUAACCGACAUCAGGAUGUUGAUCAAAUUGUCGAUCAACAUCGACAAGAAGACUUAGCAGUAGAAAAUAAUUUGAUAACUAUUGGCGAAUGGAUUAUGGCUAGGAAUGGUAUGAGUUCCACAUUGCAAAGGCCAUUAUAUGUUUCCCCAUUGGCUGAAUUUAUUCUCCAAACCGAGGCACCUAGAGGAAUGAAAGUGCCUAAAUACACUAAGUUUGGGGGAGAAUCUGGUGAAUCGACAAUAGAACAUAUUGCCAAAUAUUUAACAGAGUCAGGAGAUUUGGCUCAUAAUGAGUGUUUGAGAGCCAGGUGUUUUACGCAAGUACCAGAACAUGAACUUGUUCAAAUGGCUGUUGGAGGGUUAGAUUAUUCCAUUAGGAAGAAAAUAGACCCAACUUUUGUAAAGAGUAUGUCACAAUUGGUUGAUAGAGUUCGACAUCUCGAGCGACUAAGGUUAGAAAAGGUUAGACACAAUAAGGCUAAGAAAGAAAAAGUAGCGUUCGUCGAGUAUGACGCGACAGAUCCAAUAUAUGAGGCUGAUUAUGCCUCAUCGACCGAAUUAGAAAUUGACGUGGCUGAGUUAAAGCUAGGAUCUGCUUAUGAGUGUCGAUUAUUACUUCCUGCACAAGGGAAAAAUCCUUGGUGCCACCUGGUACUAAAAACCACCAUUAGAACAAAGACAGAAAAGAGGAUUUUGGAUCUGGUUCAGAAAGCAAUUCAAGAAGGCAGGUUGAAACUUGCUGGCCGUAAAAUGAAGAUCGACGCUGACCCUCUCCGCCAGGAGGAAGCUCUAUUCAUUAAGUCAGUCGAGUUCAAUAUGGUCGAGAUCACUAAAUAUGAUGAGGCCGACAUGCUAAAGCAAACUGAUGAAAGCCCAGAUGUCGACAUAGCUGAAGUCUACCCAAGGGCUGAUGAAGAUUUGGUAGAUUUCCUGUAUCGCUGCAAGAAUAAGGGUUCACAAGUUUGCUUAUGCCCUAGAUGUGGUGUUGUCACCGACAAAGUUGCUGCUGAAAAUUUCCAAAAGCUACAAUUGGGCAAAAGCAAAAGAAGUGGGCUGAACAGAGAGCGCCAGAAUGAAAGAGUCCCAAAGAAGGCUAUGGAAAAUGCUCAGGCGAGGCCUAGGAGCUUCGUACCAUUGACAAGUGCUCCUAGAGGCACCUAG